CAACCCCCACCGCUCUCACUCUGUACUACAAUCUGUACCCUUCCUUUCUCCAUUGCUGCAACAAUGUAAAGCUCUCACUAUAUUCUUUAUCUUCUCUGGGUUCUUCAAAGAAUUCAUCUUUUGAUGAUUACAGUUUGCUCUCAGUGCAGAUAAAUAUCUAUAAUCACUUGUCGCUGUACUUCUAUGGCUUCUGCAUUUGCGAUAAUGGUGUUCUUAGCAUUGUUAAUAGUAUUGCUUCUUUCUCCUCCCGCCGGCGCCGCACAUCAGAGCCGCCAUGGCCGGCGGAUCCUCCACCAACCGCUCUUCCCACUUGGAACUUCUCUUCCUUCUACUAGUGUUGCUCACCCUCCCUCUGCUUCUCCCCCGAAUCCGCCCUUAGUUCGGAACCCGUUUUUCCCGGUUUACACUUCAUCUCCGCUGCCGUCGCCGCCGCCUGCGCCGGGUUCUUCCGCCGUUGCUACUCUUCCGGCGAAUAUUUCCUCCAUUGUUGUGCCGGAGUCUUCCUCAAAUGGCGGCGAGCCCGUUUCUCCGAAGGUGAUAACCGGUAUUGUGGUUGUCUUUGUUGUGUUUGCUUGCCUCGUUUUCGGCCUCGCCGUGUUUUUCCUCCUCCACCGCCGCCGCUACAGCGAGAAGAGCCACCGGGAAAAGACCGACAGCCUCCGCCUUGUCCCGCCUAACGCCACACCUUCCGACGACGCAGGCUUCGGCGGCGACACUAUGAAGAAACCGCCAUUGAACCUCCAGCGCCUCGGUUCGCCGGAGCUCCGGCCCCUGCCGCUGCUCCAACAGAAACGGAGAAAUGGUGAUGCCAUGUUCCCGGCGGAAGAAGAAGAGGAAGAGUUUUUCUCUCCCACGGGGACCUCAGGCGGCAGAAAUAGUCCCAACCUUAACGAUUGGAUCUCUCAGCGAGGGUUUGAAGAGCCAUUUAGGGCUCAGAAUAGCUUUCCCAUUUCGAAUUUGAAUUCCCCAAUUGAUUCUUCAUGUGCUAGUCCUUCCAUAGACUUGAAUUUGAGCCCUAGAAGCUUGAGGUCCCCUGACUCAUUACUCAACUUCCCUGCUCAACCCCGCUUCAUUCCCGCCCCGCCAUUGUCUCCCGGAGUUUCAGAUUCAUCUCUGAAGAUUCUAGAGUCUCCGGUGAGAAAACCGCCUGAUUCCGGAAGCUAUAUGUGUGUAAAACUUCCUCCACCGCCACCUCCACCACCUCCUCCGGUGGUGCAAAACGAGGGUCCACCAGUGCUUGUGGCACCAUCAAGGCCAGUAGUAAUAUGCCCGGGCCCGAAUAUGAGUGGCUCGUUGGAUGGUUCGGGUGCUGGAGAUACGAGAAAUGUAGAGACUAUGAAGCCGAAGCUCAAGCCUUUGCAUUGGGAUAAAGUUAGAACCAGUACUUCUGAUAGAGCAAUGGUUUGGGAUCAGUUGAAAUCUGGCUCUUUUCAGUUGAAUGAGGAAAUGAUUGAGACGUUAUUCGUGGUAAACUUUUCGAAAGAUCGCAAUAAACACCCAUUGAUGCCGGUGUUGAAUCAGGAGAAUAAGGUGCUUGACCCGAAGAAAUCUCAAAACAUUGCGAUUUUGUUGAGAGCACUUAAUGUUACUAUAGAUGAAGUUUGUGAAGCGCUUUUAGAAGGCAAUGCAGAUAUACUGGGAACAGAACUUCUUGAAAGUUUGUUAAAGAUGGCUCCCACUAAAGAAGAGGAAUGUAUGUUAAAGGAAUUCAACGAUGCAUCACCGCUCAAGCUGGGCCCUGCUGAAAAAUUUCUCAAAACGGUGCUUGAUAUACCUUUUGCGUUUAGAAGGGUGGAUGCAAUGCUUUAUAUAGCCAAUUUUGAUUCAGAGGUUGAGUACUUGAAGAGAUCAUUUGAGACACUCGAGGUGGCAUGUGAAGAGUUGAGGAACAGCAGAAUGUUUCUAAAGCUCCUAGAAGCUGUACUAAAAACUGGAAACCGCAUGAACAUUGGAACCAACCGUGGCGAUGCGCUUGCCUUCAAACUCGACACACUUCUUAAGCUCGUAGAUGUUAAGGGUAGUGAUGGAAAAACUACACUCCUACAUUUUGUCGUCCAAGAAAUCAUAAGAGCAGAAGGGUCUCGACUUUCUGGUGCUCCUCCAAAGGAAAAUAAUCAACAAUCCACCUUCCGGGAUGAGGUUGAACUCAGAAAGGUUGGUCUUCAAGUUCUUUCUGGCUUGAGUGGGGAGCUCACAAAUGCCAAGAAAGCGGCCUCAAUGGACUCGAAUGUUCUUAGGAACGAAGCCGCAAAGCUAGCAGAAGGAGUUGCCAAGAUCGAAGAAGUAGUGAAAAUAAGCAAAGAAUUAGCCUUGAAGGAGAGUAACGAGAAGUUUUGUGAAUCGAUGAAGCGGUUUCUGAAAAAGGCAGAAGUAGAAAUCCUCAACAUUCAAGCCCGAGAGAGCAUGUCCUUCUCCAUUGUGAAGGAGCUGACAGAAUAUUUCGAUGGGGACUCAACUAAGGAAGAAGCUCAUCCACUCCGAAUAUUCACGGUCGUGAGGGACUUCCUCUGUAUCCUCGAUCAGGUAUGCAAAGAUGUUGGCAAAAUAAAUGAUCGAACCACAAUCAGUAGCUCACGAGGCCAACCGUUUCACAUAUUUCCUGGAUACGACAUUGGAAGGCAGCAAGACACUUCAUCUUCCGAUGAAGACAGCUCUUCCUCGUCGUGAAUAGCUUCAUGUCUUGUAUUCACUGGAGAGCAAAGGGAUUGAGGUUUUGACAUCCCUAAAGUUAGUUUUGGGGGUUUGUAUAGAUUCUAUAUAGUUAGAAUUUGAUUUUUUUUUUUUUUUAUAUAAAAUAUGGGUAAUGCUAUUUACACGCUCUAAUUUUUAUACAUUUUAUCCAUGCCCAUGCUAUCAAGGAGAAUAAUCUGAGGGCAUAGAUAAACCAAGUAACUGUGUCAAAAAAUUAGAGUGUAUAAGUAGUAUUAUUCCUUUCUGUUUCUUGUUUUUA